AAUCAGAAUCUCAAUAUUAGCAGCCAUUGUUACUACGCCACUUUGAUUAGCUUAGCUGACACUAGAUAUGGCCCGGGAUUAAGAAAAAAAAAAGGUAUACAUAACAAAAUACACCAGGAGAUAUAUUUGUAGGAGUAAUAUUGAUCGUCUAUCAUAUAAGUACAGAGAAGCUACAACCGGAACAUGGUGAGUUGUUCUACUUCCUAAAGCAUUCGUAUGUACACUUCUUAUAUAUGCAGGAAGCUGAUCGGAGAAGAACUUUCGGGCAUGAGGGUUAACGAUCUACAGAAUCUCGAAAACCAACUGGAAACAAGUUUGAGAGGCAUUCGACUGAAAAAGGACCAGCUUCUCACUGAAGAAAUCAGGGAACUUAACCUGAAGGGACAAAUCAUCCAUAAAGAGAAUUUGGAGCUGCAUAGCAUGAUAAACAUGAUUCGUGAAGAAACUACGAAAGUGCAAAAGAAGGUAUUUCGAAAUAUGAAACUCUUAUGCGGGCAUCAAAAGAGAGAUGAUAGUCAUCACCUGGGCUCAUGGAACACAGGAUGUGACAGAAGGCAGUACAAGUGCAAAUCCCACCAGCAUUGCAUAUGA